AUGGACUCGGGUGGAGAUGACGCACGAGCUCUGGAGGGCGGAGAGGACGCUCGAGCUCUGGAGGGCGGAGAGGACGCUCGAGCUCUGGAGGGCGGAGAGGACGCUCGAGCUCUGGAGGGCGGAGAGGACGCUCGAGCUCUGGAGGGCGGAGAGGACGCUCGAGCUCUGGAGGGCGGAGAGGACGCUCGAGCUCUGGAGGGCGGAGAGGACGCUCGAGCUCUGGAGGGCGGAGAGGACGCUCGAGCUCUGGAGGGCGGAGAGGACGCUCGAGCUCUGGAGGGCGGAGAGGACGCUCGAGCUCUGGAGGGCGGAGAGGACGCUCGAGCUCUGGAGGGCGGAGAGGACGCUCGAGCUCUGGAGGGCGGAGAGGACGCUCGAGCUCUGGAGGGCGGAGAGGACGCUCGAGCUCUGGAGGGCGGAGAGGACGCUCGAGCUCUGGAGGGCGGAGAGGACGCUCGAGCUCUGGAGGGCGGAGAGGACGCUCGAGCUCUGGAGGGCGGAGAGGACGCUCGAGCUCUGGGGCGAGACGCUCGAGCUCUGGAGGGCGGAGAGGACGCUCGAGCUCUGGAGGGCACAGAGGACGCUCGAGCUCUGGAGGGCGGAGAGGACACUGUCGCACUGGAGGGCAGAGAGGACACUGUCGCACUGGAGGGCAGAGAGGACACUGUCGCACUGGAGGGCAGAGAGGACACUGUCGCACUGGAGGGCAGAGAGGACACUGUCGCACUGGAGGGCGGAGAGGACACUGUCGCACUGGAGGGCGGAGAGGACACUGUCGCACUGGAGGGCAGAGAGGACACUGUCGCACUGGAGGGCAGAGAGGACACUGUCGCACUGGAGGGCAGAGAGGACACUGUCGCACUGGAGGGCAGAGAGGACACUGUCGCACUGGAGGGCGGAGAGGACACUGGAGGGCAGAGAGGACACUGUCGCACUGGAGGGCGGAGAGGACACAUAGACUGUAUCUCUAGAGGGGGGUGGACUGCUGGUCCAAUCUAG